UAUGCUAUGCAUAUGCAGUUAUGUCAAUUUGUGUGCGAUAGCCCUUAACCUUUAAUUUUAUUACAGAAGAGCGCGAUGGCCGUAUUUAAAAUAAUGAGAUUCACUGAGUUUGCGAUGGCAUACCGUACAUGUUGUAGGAGAUAUUGCACCACAGAAGAAGUGUACACACUGUCAAAAAAGAAGAUACCACACCCGUACCUAAAUAUUCAUCCGUGGAAAUCAGAACACGAAUUUACGAAAUAUUUGUUGAACAACAUUAUUUACAACGCAGAUGGAAUUGUUGCGAUAAAUAAACCAUAUGGUAUAUCUACACGCGAUAAAUCUGCAAAUAAUAAUGAUUUUUCUGCAAAGAAAUUUAAUACGAUUGUGGGGGCAGUGGAUUAUUCCAUUAAUGGAGUCUUACCAUAUAUUGCAAAAGAAUUAAAUAUACCAGCCUUGAUACCAUGCACAGGAUUGGAAAAAUACACAUCUGGUGUUUAUGUGUUAGCAACUAAUAAUGAUAUACAGCAACAGGUACAGAAAGCAGUAAAACGAGCAGUUGCAUUUAACAAAUUUAAAAGAUACUGGGCAAUCACGAUUAAACAUCCAAAUGAGAUCAAAGGAUCAUAUCGUUUAGCAGUUAAGUCACAACAGUCUCAAUUGGGAUUAAAAAGGCCUGUUUUUGUGAACAAAUGGUCUAAAAACGAAGAGAAAAGAAAAGAUGUUAUGAUCAUGAAUGUGAAGUACAAACUUCUGUCGAAUUCAACAUAUAAUUUGAGUUCUCUGAUAGAAAUAGAAUCGCCCGCGAGGAAGUGGCAGUGUAUCAGGUUAUUUGCUAGCGUUAUGUUGCACAGUCCUAUUCUCGGAGACAAUUUUCACGGAUCGCGAGUUCAGAAUAUCAUGGGCACAUGGAUGAAAGUUGAUCCAUUUGCUGAUUCGUGUUUGGAGAUGCCAAAAAUAAACCGUCAGUUGUUAGAAUUGCUCAAACUGACACCACGUCAACAAGAAAUUAUUCCAACUCAUCUCCAUGUAAGAAGUAUAUGCUUAGAUGGCUUUGGCAAAGAAAAAAAGAAUCUAGUGCUGAAAGCACCUUUGACGCAUCCUUUUGAUUGGACAUGCAAACAGCUUAUGUUUAAAAAUAUACCAUGUGAAGCAAAUUAUACAAGUGUGGAGGACAAAAUUCCAUGUGAAAUUUUGUAACAGUGAUAUGUGCUUAGUAUGUGUAUAUAUAUAUAUAU